AGGUCAUGUCCGCGUUACGCGGCCCCCUGGAGCUGCUCACCUCCCCGGACCGCCUCUCGGGAGGGGCAUCUGCCUCGGGGGCUGCUGCUGGCGGCGGUGCUAGCGGUGCUGCUGCCGCUGGGUCUGGCGGUGCUAGCGGUGGCCUGGGGGGCGGUUCCAUCUCAGACAAGGCGGAGGUGGCGGCGGCGGCGGAGGCGCUAGCGGGCCUCAUUGCCAGCGGGGCUCCCUGGGCUGACCUGGACGGCGGAGGCGAGGGUGGUGGCGGUGGUGGUAACGGUGACGGUAGUGGCGGAGGUGGUGGUGGCGGUGGUUGGGCGGUUGCAGCGCUGCGGCGGGCGCUACGGGGCAGCAGCAUGGAGACGUGCGAGUGCUGGGCGCUGGCGUACAGGUUCGCCAUCCGAGGUCUGCUGGACGGCCUCUUCCCCGACCGUCUGCGUCCCGUCAUGCCGCCGGAUAGCAAUGAGAUGCCGUGGGACCAGCGUACGACAGCGCCGCCACCGCCGCCGCCGCCGCGGCCGGUCCUCGCCGGCGGGUUAACGGCGGAGGUGACGGCGGCGGCGCUGGGAGACCUACUGGGCCUUACGGUACCGCUGGCGGCGACGGCGGCGAAGCCAGGCAGUGGUACGACAGGCGAUACGGCGGAGGUGGCGGCAGCCAUGGCGGCGGCGACAGUUGGCGAUGGCGGCGGCGGCGGCGGCGACGUUGAGAGUGUUAUUGUGCCCGGCGGUGGCGGUUUGCCUGCUCAGCUGAAACGGUUGCGGUGUGUGGCGGCGGCGGUGCGGGAGCUGUCAGGGGUGCAGCUGCGGGGGGAGGAGGAGGCGGGAGCGAAGGAGGAGGGGCUGCCGUUGCAGGUGCGGCUGUUUUGGUGCGGACUCCUUCGCGAGUUGCGCCAGUUGGCCUCCUGCCCCGACUCCGCCAGCGCGGAGGAGUGCCUUAGCCUGAGGGAGCAGUUGGGACAACCGCUGCUGGACGCCCUGUCGUACUUUGGGGCGACGGAGGGACUGUUAACCGACAUGGGUAACGGUAACGGAAGUAACGGUGACCCCACGAAUGGAGGUAAUGGAGGACGUCGUAGAACGGCAACGGAAGGUCGUCGAAAUGGUGGCAACGGAGGAGGCGGCAACGGUUCCAGCGGUUCCAACGGCGAGGGCGAGCUGGUGCACGUGAGCGCUGAGCCCAGUGGCAUGUCUACACCGGCGGAGAUGGAGCUGGGUGAGGGUGAGGAGGAACCCGUGCUCAUCCUGCACCCUGCCAAUGCAACCCACCGCCGCCCUGGUGCCGGAGCUGGCGGCGGCGGCGGCGGCGCCCUGCCGUACGCCUCCAUGUCGUACCUGCGCUCCGCCGCUCGCAGCCUGGCGGCGGAUCUAGUGAGGGACUUCAAUGCGGCUGCCGUACGAGUGCAGGCGGCGGCGCGGGGAGAAGAAGAGGAG